UUCGUUUCCGCUAGGGGCGCUGCUAAUUUAUGAAUGAAAAUCAACGUUUCGAAAGGACGUAACGUUUGCUGUCAAAACUCAUACUAAGGGUACUGUAGUUUGACAGUUCUUUUAUGUCUAUUUCGCCUCCCAGUGGCAUUAUACGCGUUUAGCCGUAACUCAAUUAAACGCAACGAUGUCGGGAGGAUUAGAUAUUCUCGCCCUCAACGAGGAAGAUGUCACCAAGAUGUUGGCCGCAACCACCCACCUUGGGGCGGAAAAUGUCAACUUCCAGAUGGAAACAUACGUGUACAAGCGCCGCGCUGAUGGCACACACGUGAUCAACUUGCGCCGUACAUGGGAGAAGCUCGUGUUGGCUGCCCGUGCUGUGGUCGCUAUUGAGAACCCCGCCGACGUGUUCGUCAUCUCUUCACGUCCCUUCGGUCAGCGGGCUGUACUGAAGUUCGCCGCACACACCGGUGCCACCCCCAUUGCUGGACGUUUCACUCCUGGUGCCUUUACCAACCAGAUCCAAGCUGCGUUCCGUGAGCCCCGUCUCCUGAUCGUGCUGGACCCUGCCCAGGACCACCAGCCCAUUACUGAGGCUUCCUACGUCAACAUUCCAGUUAUUGCUCUUUGCAACACUGACUCUCCCCUCCGUUUUGUUGACAUUGCCAUCCCAUGCAACACCAAGUCCUCACACUCCAUUGGUCUGAUGUGGUGGCUGUUGGCCCGUGAGGUCCUCAGACUGCGUGGUGUGCUCGCCCGUGACCAACGUUGGGAUGUGGUUGUUGACCUGUUCUUCUACCGUGACCCUGAAGAGAGUGAGAAGGAAGAACAACAGGCUAAGGAGCAAGUUGUUGCUGUUGCGCCACCAAAGGUUGACGCACCCGCCGCAGUGCACGAGGACUGGAACGAGUCUGUGGAGCCCGUCACCUCAUGGGCUGAGGACGCCGCGCCACCCCCAGCUGCCAGCUUCGGAGCUGCCCCCGCCCAAGAAGACUGGGCUUCUCAGGUUCAAGAGGAGUGGGGAACGACUGCCGCCGCUGCCCCCGCCCCGGCCGCCCCAGCACCCACCCCCUCAUGGGGUGGCUCUGCCCAGGACUGGAGCACUUCGUAAACGUUACGUUUGCUUUGGCUAAUAUAACGUAAAAUCCAUCACAUGUUUUAUUUACUCUCUCAACCUUUCUGUAGAUCCUUUCUUUGAUAUUACCUAUUGUAUAGAUUGUAGUUUAACUAUUAAAGUAGUAGGUUUUCAAUAGAAGUAAUAUAGUAAGUAGUAACUACUUUUCAGAAAGAGGACACAUAAGUGUUAUAGUGUUAACACACUAGUGAGUGGUGGUAUUAAACAUAGUGUUAUAUUAUGAACAUACCUAUAAAAAAUUAAAAUAGUAUUAAAAAUACAAAAAUUCUUUACACAUUUAUAAUUGAUUGAAAGGAGCUAUGCUUUU